CCCCCCCCCCCCGCACACCCACUCACACACACAGAGCACCGCGACCAUGUCUGAUGAGAUGGUGGCUCAGGCGCUGAAGCGCGCCAAGGCGCGGGAGGAAGGGCUAGCUGCUUCGUUCAUGGCGCCAGCGGCAGAGACGGAGGAAGAGCGCGGGCGCCGCCGCAAGCGCAGGAGCAGGUGGGGCAACCAGCCCGCGCCAACCAUCACCCCGCUGCUGCCCACCACCCUGCCGCCGGGCUUGACCAAGGAGCAGGAGAAGCAGUUCCUGACGCAGGUGCGCAUUGACGAGCUCACCACCAAGAUCCGCAACAAGUACGUGCCAGAGGAUCGCUCGCCGUCGCCAGAGCCCGUGUACAACCAGCAGGGCCAGCGCCUCAACACGGCGGAGAUCCGGUACCGGCAGAAGUACGAGAAGGAGCGCCACGACCUCAUCCAGGAGAUGAUGAAGUUGAAGCCAUCGUACAGACCGCCCAUGGACUACAAGCCUCCAGACAACAAGCUGACUGACCGCGUCAUUGUCCCACAGGAGAAGUACCCAGACAUCAACUUCAUGGGCCUGCUCAUUGGACCGCGCGGCCACACCCUCAAGAAGCUGGAGCGCGAGACAGGUGCAAAGAUUAUGAUUCGCGGCAAGGGAACCGUCAAGGCAGGCAAAGCCGGUGCACGCCCCUCUGCAAACGACUUUGAGGGCGAGCCCAUGUUUGCGCUGAUCCAGGCGACGGACGCGCAGAAGCUGAGGAAGGCCGUGGCCACCAUCGAGGAGGUGAUCAAGAUGGCCAUUGAGACGCCCGAGGGCCAGAACGAGCUCAAGCGCAUGCAGCUGCGCGAACUCGCCCUGCUCAACGGUACGCUGCGAGACGACGAGCAGUUCCUUCGCUGCAAGAACUGCGGCUCCAGCCUCCAUCGCACGUUCCAGUGCCCCGAGAAGCAGAACUUUGUGAACCAGCAGACGUGUUCUGUCUGUGGCGGGACGGGUCACGUUGCUGCCGACUGCCGUUACAAGCGCCCCAAUGCGUCAGGCCCGCCUGCUUCGAGCGACACGGCCAACCAGGCCAAGAUGGACAGCGAGUAUCUGUCCCUCAUGGCUGAGCUUGGUGAGGUGCCGGCCCAGCCCCCACCACCGCCAGCUACAACAACAACAACAGCGCCGGCGCGGCGAACGGGCCCCAUCUUGGGAGAGGCGCCGCCAAACUUGAUGCGGUCGCACCAGCCGCCAGCAUCGACAGCUGCACCGCCGCCGCCACCGCUGCCAUCGUCGUCAACACCGGCAUCCUCAGGCCCACCGCAACACACGUCCGCAUAUCCGCCGUACCAACCUGCAACGAGCAGCACAGCACCAAUGACAACGACAACAACAACAUCAGCACCACCACCGCCGCCAACAUCAGCACCACCACCACCACCACCACCAACGGCAGCAGCAGUGGGCACGGGCAACGGGCAGCAGGGGCCACCGCUGAUUACGCCGCCUGUGCCGGGUGGCAGCCACGCUCGCCCCUCCGUGCCGCCCAUCAGCGGUGGGGCGCCGCCACCACCACCACGCCCUUACGGCGGCGGUGGUUACGGACACAACUCCUACCACCAGCAGCCCCACAACCAAGGCGGCUGGCCCGGGUAUCAAGGGCAGCACUACCAGGGCCACUACAACCAGUACGGCGGCUAUCACGGCUACCACCAGCAAGGAUAUGGCCAGCACUACCCAUACGACCAGCAGGGCUACGGUCAACAGCCACCGCCUCCGCCACCUCCCGACAACCAGCCACCACCUCCUCCACCCCCACCAGACAACCAGCCUCCACCCCCACCCCCGCCGCCGAGCAACUAAGCUUGCGUGCGUGUCGUCGUGUCGUCGUGUCGUCGUUGGCUUGAGGCGUGUUGGGGGUUCACCGCAAUGUCCCUGGACUUGCUGUUGUUGCGUACUUGCUGUUCAUGUUUGAUUGUAUGGUUUUGUGUGUGUGUGUGUGUGUGUGUGUGUGUGUGUGUGUGUGCUGUGUGUGUGCUGUGUGUGUGCGUGUGUGUGUGCUGUGUGUGUGUGUGCUGUGUCGUUUGUCUGUUCGACUCACCUUUGCGUGCAGUGUUGUUGCUUUGCUCACCCUUGCCUGCUGCUCACCACCGUCUUUGCUCCACUCAUGCUGUGUGUCGUUCACAAUGGCGUGCUCACGAUCCACUGGAUGUUUGGCUCACGGUUUUAUGUUGCGUUGUUGUCAGUUCACAUCAGUCAAGUUGCCCCACACAAUAAACACAGGAGAUCA